UAUGGAAAGGGGCGAGAAACUAACGGCUUGAACUUGGAAGUAACCACAACUCCCCAAUCACUCCACCAAGAACCAGACUUCACCCAUAGAACGGCUUUCAACAGUGCUUGUAUGACGUCGUUGAUGUACACGCAACCGACCUCUUCCAUGUCUUGCAUGUGCACAUGGCAUGAGAAUGACUGACAGACCGAGGGGAACAUCAAGCCCAAGGAGGAACAGAUCGUCUAUAUAACAUCCCUCCUCCCACCACUCAAGCCAUCUCCCUUUCUUCAUCAGCAUCAUCACACUCUCAUCCAACCCAAGACAUCUCAAACAACAAACAAUCACAACUUUCCACACAAACCAAUCUUCUCCAACCCCAAACACCAAAAUGGAUACCAUCAAGCAGGCCGGCAACUACGUCUCGGACAAGCUCCAGGGUAGUACCCACGAGGCUUCCAAGGAGGCCAACAAGGAGGUUGCCAAGGACAACAACGCCAACGUCGGCACUCGCCUCGAAGCCGCCGGCGACGCCAUCGGCGACAAGGCCAAGGAGCACAAGCACGACGCUUCGGCCGAGGCCAACAAGCAGUCCAUCACCCACUAAACCAAAGCGGGCCAACAACUUCCAACCAACAAUCCCGCUCGCCAAAGCCAGUCCACGAUUU